AGAAGAAGAAUGAACGAUAUCCGUUUGGUGAAUUAAACAUGAAUGAGUUACAUGUGUUGUUUCCACCAUGUUUAUUAUGCAUCAGCUUCUUGAUCUUUUUCUUCCCACUCCUCAUUUUUGUCUAUAAAUUCCAAUUCACAGCUUUUCCAUAAGCAUCAAACCCAUACAACAACCAUAGCAAGCAACAAGCAAGAGCAACAACACAUCAUAAUGCUGGAAAACCCAUAUGACCCUCUUCUCCAACUAACCCAUGCCCGCGACGAUGGAACUCACCAGCCCAUAUGGUGGAAGAAACUGUUGGACAAAGAGGAGGUCAAGAAACAGCUCGCCAUUUCCUUUCCAAUGAUUCUCACUAAUGUCUUCUAUUACCUAAUCCCUUUGAUUUCCGUCAUGUUCGCCGGUCAUCUUGGCGAGCUCGAACUCGCCGGAGCGACUCUCGCCAAUUCCUGGGCUACCGUCACCGGAUUCGCUUUCAUGACGGGGCUGAGCGGUGCAUUGGAGACACUCUGCGGCCAAGGUUUUGGGGCGAAAUUAUACAGAUUCUUAGGGAUUCAUCUGCAAACUUCUUGUAUAAUCUCCUUCUCCUUCUCGAUUGUCAUUUCCAUUUUAUGGUUCUACACAGAACCCGUCUUGAAAUUGCUUCAGCAAGAUCCUGAUGUAUCAAAAACGGCGGCUCGGUAUGUGAAAUUUCUGGUUCCUGGGCUUUUUGCUUAUGGGUUUUUACAGAACAGUGUGAGGUUUAUUCAAGCUCAGUCGGAUGUUAUGUUUCUGGCUGUGUUCUCUGGAAUUCCUUUGAUUCUUCAUCUGGGUGUUGCUUAUGCUUUUAUGAACUGGACAAGUUUGGGGCUUGAAGGAGCUGCUUUGGCUGCUUCCAUUUCAUUGUGGGUGGCUUUUCUGAUUGUGGCCAUUCAUGUGUUUAAGUCUCAGAAAUAUGAACUUACAUGGGGAGGAUUUUCUGUUGAAGCUUUUGAUUACAUAUUUGUUAAUUUGAAACUGGCUUUGCCCUCUGCUGCAAUGGUUUGUUUGGAGUAUUGGGCAUUUGAGAUUCUUGUGUUCUUGGCCGGAUUGGCUCCAAACUCAGAAACAAAUACAUCUUUAAUUGCAAUUUGUGUAAACACCGAAGCCAUUGCCUACAUGAUCACAUAUGGACUGAGUGCAGCUGCAAGCACAAGGGUGUCAAAUGAGUUAGGGGCAGGCAAUCCCGAGAAAGGAAGACAAGCCAUGUUUGUUACUCUUCUACUUUCAAUUCUUCUUGGCCUUACAGUCGUCCUUCUUUUGGCAUUUGGCCACAACAUUUGGGCUGGAUUCUUCAGUGAUAGUCCUGUUAUUAUACAAGCCUUUGCCUCCAUGACACCCCUUCUAACUAUUUCCGUGCUUGCCGACUCUGUGCAAGGCGUAUUAUCAGGGGUGGCUAGAGGAUGUGGGUGGCAACACAUGGUUGUGUUUGUAAACUUGGCUACAUUCUAUCUUGUUGGUAUUUCAACAGCAGUUUUUCUGGAAUUCAAAUUGAAACUUUAUGCUAAGGGGUUGUGGAUUGGGUUGAUCUGUGGUUUGGUAUGCCAAACUUUGACCCUAUUGAUAUUAAUAGUUCGAUCAAAAUGGACGAGAAUUGAGCUCUCUGAUCAUCAACACAAACCAAGUCCAACCUUGUCUUAAUUCUUAAGGAAGUUGAUAUUCAAUAAACAUCCUUGUCUUGGCUACUAAUAUUUCUUCCCAUGCUUACUUAAUCAUACACAUUGAUUUUAGCACCAUUAAAUUUUUUUAAAUUAUUAUAUUAUGUAGUAAAAUUAAUAAUUAUGUUUGCUAUUCUGUUUAAAUUUUUUCUUUUCUUUUUUUU